CAAAUAAUAAGAAAGGGAAACAAUUUAACGUUUGAACAAAAAGCUCCUGCUUUAUUUAAUCUUGGCGAAAGAUUAGGAAAAAAAUGAAAUUUCGUUACAAGUCUUUUAGUGGAAAUUGAUGAAUUGUUAUUUUAGCAUUGUACUGUAUCCAUAUCAGUCUUACGUCACAGCAAUUUCGAAUUGACCGUCCGCACUUCCCCGCUGGCAUAGAAGCAAAAAUAAAAACUGGCCUCCGUAGGAAUAUAAACUUUUACUGCAACACUGCAAUUCAUUUUUUUUUAAUCUCUCGGGACGAGGUUGUGGUAAGGAUGGGUGUACCGAAAUUUUACCGAUGGAUUUCGGAGAGAUACCCUUGUUUGAGUGAAGUUGUUAAGGAACAUCAGAUUCCUGAAUUUGACAACCUGUACUUGGACAUGAAUGGCAUUAUUCAUCAGUGCUCCCACCCCAAUGAUGAAGACGUGCACUUCCGAAUCUCAGAAGAGAAAAUAUUUGCCGACAUUUUUCACUAUCUGGAAGUGCUGUUUCGUAUCAUUAAGCCGAGAAAGGUCUUCUUCAUGGCCGUGGAUGGAGUGGCUCCUCGCGCAAAAAUGAACCAACAGCGCGGAAGGCGCUUUAGGUCAGCAAAAGAAGCUGAAGAUAAAAUUAAGAAGGCCCUAGAGAAAGGAGAAGUUCUUCCUACAGAGGCUAGAUUUGACUCCAACUGCAUUACUCCAGGAACAGAAUUUAUGGCCAGACUCCAGGAGCAGCUGGAGUAUUUUGUGCAUAACAAAAUAUCCACAGAAAAAUCAUGGCAGAGGGUGCGAGUUUACCUCUCCGGUCAUGAGACCCCUGGAGAAGGAGAACACAAAAUCAUGGAAUUCAUUCGGUCAGAAAAUGCCAGGCCAGACCAUGACCCCAAUACCAGGCACUGUCUUUAUGGUUUGGAUGCUGAUCUGAUAAUGCUUGGGUUGACAAGCCAUGAACCUCACUUCUCUCUUUUGAGAGAAGAAGUUCGUUUUGGUGGUAAAAAGUCACAGAAAAGAAUAAGUACACCUGAAGAGACAACAUUUCACUUGUUGCACUUGUCCCUGAUGAGAGAGUACAUCGACUAUGAAUUUUCAGAGCUGCGGGACAAAAUAUCUUUUGAGUACAACCUUGAGCGGAUAAUUGAUGACUGGAUAUUGAUGGGUUUCUUGGUGGGCAAUGAUUUUAUACCUCAUCUACCUCACUUGCACAUCAACCAUGAUGCACUGCCUCUGCUCUAUAGAACCUACAUUAGCGUUUUGCCAAAACUAGGAGGCUACAUUAAUGAAAAUGGAAACCUAAACCUUGCCAACUUUGAGAAGUACCUUGAAAAGCUAUCUGAGUUUGACCGUGAACAUUUCAGUGAAGUUUUUGUGGAUCUGAAGUGGUUUGAGACCAAGGUGGGGAAUAAGUACCUAAACGAGGCAGCAGGUAUAGCGGCAGAAGAAGCCAAGAGUCGUGAAGGAAAGAGAAACAAGAUGCUGGAGGACUCCCUGUGUUUAGCUGCUCUGGAUGAGAAUAAAGACACUGAAGGGCUCCCUACCAAAGAUUGCGUUGAAGAGGAUGGUGAAGAUGAUGACAUGUUUGAGACAGAAUUCAGACAGUACAAAAGAACGUAUUACAUGACCAAAAUGGAAGUGGAAGUAGUUUCGGAUGAAUUCCUGGCUGGUCAGGCAGAGUGUUAUGUCAGAGCAAUACAAUGGAUCUUGCACUACUAUUACCAUGGAGUUCAGUCUUGGAGUUGGUACUAUCCUUACCACUAUGCUCCUUUCCUGUCUGAUAUCCGUAACAUCAGCAAAUUGGAAAUGCGGUUUGAGAUGGCAAAGCCUUUUAUGCCAUUUGAACAGUUGCUCGCUGUCCUUCCAGCUGCCAGUAAAGACCUGCUGCCAGAGUGCUACCGGCAUUUAAUGACAUCAGAAGGAUCUGCAAUUAUAGAAUAUUAUCCACUUGAUUUCAAAACUGACCUGAAUGGUAAACAACAAGAAUGGGAGGCCGUUGUUCUGAUUCCAUUCAUCGAUGAGAAACGUUUGCUGUCAGCAAUGGAGCCCUAUAACGCGUUCCUGACAAAAAGUGAGCAGGAGAGAAAUCGCCACAGCGAGUGUGCUGUGUACUGGUAUGACAAAGACACGGAUUUCCAAUACCCUUCACCGUUACCUGGCAAAUUUCCUGACAUCGUAAAAUGCCACGUCAGGCAUGAAUUAAUUUCCAUGGAUGCCUGGCGUGUAGAUCCCAGCUACACGCGUCGUAAAGUGGACCCUGGUGCUCUGUAUUUCUGUGGCUUCCCCACACUGAAGCACAUCAGACACAAGUUUUACAAAAAGAAGAAUGGUGUGCAAGUGUUUCAGCAGAGCAGUCGAGGGGAAAACAUGAUUCUGGAGAUCAUCCCGGAGGAUAAUGUUGAGCCCGAAUGUGCUGAUGUUGCAUCAUCGGUGCUGGACAAAUCAGUCUUUGUGAACUGGCCUCAUUUGGAAGAAGCUCGGAUUGUUGCCGUGUCAGAUGGAGAAACAAAAUUUUAUUUGGAAGAGCCCCCUGGUGUACAGAAACUUUAUUCAGGCAAAACGGUGCCACCAACAAAAGUGGUUUACUUGAGUGACAAAGAACAAAGCAUAUGGCUGAAAGAAGUACAAAGCAUUGUAGAGUUCUACAACAGAAGAAAGGGCAUCAUUAUAAAUGAGACUGCUGUGUUGCUCUACGGCCAGUUAAUGACUGGACGCAAAUAUGUUUUAGAUCAGAAAGGUGGAGUUCACCUGGAGAAACAGUGGGCCAAGCAGAUAAUUCCAUUUGCUUAUCAAACAAUUGUUCAGGAUCUUAAAACCUUCGAUUCCUCUGUCUCUUGUUUUAAAACAUUGGAAGAGCUUUUCACUCCUGGAACUACAGUAUUCAUGCUGGGAAAUCCCUACUAUGGCUCAGUGGGCGAGGUACUGGAUUCCUCCGAUGUCAUCAGUGAAGGUCGGUUCAGGGUUCUCUUCACUGUUCCCUGUGAACCUCAGCUGGAUGCCUUAAUACACAAUCAGCACAAAUACUCAGUGAAGUACAGCCCUGGCUAUGUUUUGGCUAGUCGACUCGGAAUAACCACAUACCUUGUCUCUAGGUUUUCGGGAAGUAUAUUUAUUGGAAGAGGUUCCAAACAAAACCCACAUGGAGAGCAGAAAGUCAAUGUAGGGCUCAAUCUGAAAUUCAAUAAGAAAAAUGAAGAGGUGCCGGGGUACACAAAAAAAUCUGGGAAUGAAUGGCUGUAUUCUGUUGCUGUGGAAGAACUUCUUGCAGAGUAUCUGGAAAGGUUUUCUGAGAUUUUCAGCUAUGUUUCAAGAAAUAGCCAUGAAGAUGUCUUUUAUGAAGAUGAUGUCUGGCCUGGAGAAGAUGAAAAUGGAGCUGAGAAAGUUCAGGAAAUAACAUCCUGGCUGAAGACUCAUCCAGUGAGCUCCUCUUCGCGUGCUUCCUGUGAUCUCCAGAUCCUGGACACUGCGAUUGUGGAGAAGAUUGAAGAGGAGGUGGACAAGUGCAAGCAAAAAAGGAGCACCAAGAAAGUACGAGUCACUGUGAAGCCACAUCUUUUGUACAGACCAUUGGAGCAGCAACAUGGAAUCAUUCCUGACAAAGAUGCAGAUUAUCAUCUGUUUGACCGCGUUGUCAAUGUCAGGGAGAACUUCUCUGUCCCCCUCGGACUUAGAGGAACUGUCAUUGGAAUCAAAGGAGCUGAUAGAGAAGAUGAAAUCCUGUAUGAAGUGGUCUUUGAUGAAGAAUUUGUAGGAGGCCUAACAAUAAGAUGCUCUUCAGGAAAGGGCUAUAGGCUUCCACCAAGUGCCUUAAUCAACCUGACACAUGGCAUUCGCCUGGAAUAUGGUGCUCAGAAACUGACUGCCAUUGUGAAACCCCAGCCAGCAUCUGCUUCCCACCAAAACUCCUACUUUCCUGCUUCUUCACUUAACCCUCACAAAGUGCAGAUCGGAGGCCUCAAUCACUCCCCCUGCUCUCCUUUUGUACCCACGCAGCAACUGAACGGGAGGCAGGUGUACAAUCUCAGGGCGGACAAUCAGGGGAACUGGCAUUCUCAGAAGACGUUCAAUCAGAAAAACACUCAGAAGAGCCAUGCCAAGGAGGACGAGUUCUCGAGUGUGUGGCAGUCACUGCAGGGCUCUGGAGCACCACAGAAUCCCCCCGCGCUCUGGCAGAACUCGCCCACUAAGUCAGGCUGGGGAGCAGGAUCCCAGAGCCAGGCUGCUGUGAAGGGGCAGCACAGACAAAGAGAUGAAGGCCUUCACCAGCAGGGACAGGCUAGGAGGACAAAGGAGGAAGACCGCAACCAGCGAAAUGACACACAGCAAGCCUCCAGAGCUCAGAACAAACCUGUUUCAUCUGGUGCUGGUAGAACAAAAGCAAGUAUACGAGUCUUGAAAAGGAACGAAGACUUAAAUGCAGUGGAUUCAGCUCAGCCACACAGCUCUUCACAGGACACUUCAAAUAAGGUUUCUACUGAAUUUGAAGAGUUAAUAGCUAAUUUGAAGAUCUCCAAAGGAGGUGGGACUCUGCCAUCUCAGACCAAAGACCAGAUCCACACCACUGAAGAGCCUCUGUCUCCACAAUCAUUUGCAAUGAAGGGAACGCUGAUGCUGAAGGAGAUGUUAAAGAUUGACGGCUCCAGCUCUGCUGAUUCUGAGAAGGUCAAGCCCUCACCCGUUGAGCCUGUAGCCUCAGCCACCACUACCAGCUACCAGCCUAGGAGGAGGCCAAGUAAAAAGCUAGCUGCACACAUCAACAAGCCAAAUGUCCCUGGUGUUGCACAGCAUGGCCCUGGAGCAGAUAAGCCCGGACAGUGCCUGCCUCCUCAUCAGCCCCUGAUUCCUACUGUGGCCUCUGAGCUCUCCCGCAUUUGUCUGGGCUUGGGAAUGUCAGUGCCAGAGUUCGCCUUCCUCAGAACACCACAGGGAAUGACAAUCUGUCAGGUGAAGCUGUCUAAUGGGCUUCUUGUACAUGGGCCUCAGUGUCAGUCUGAAAGCGAAGCCAAGGAAAAAGCGGCCUUGUUCGCUUUGCAACGACUGAACUCUGUCGGUUCAGGUUUCCCUUUGGCACAGCCCAUGUUCUCCGGUAUGCAACAGAUGAGAGCAACUCUCCCAUCUGGCCCUGUUCACUCUGUGUUCGGCCAGCCCCCAGGGAAUCUGUUGAUGCAUCCUCCUGCUCACGGAUACGGACCCCUGCACUGGGGGGCUCCGGUUCAGAUGCAGGGGCAAGCCUUCUAUCAGGGCACGUAUCCUGGGGCAAGACCACCAGCUCCUGCCGUUCCCAUUGGGACACAUAACCAGUUUGUGCCACUUCAGGUCACUAAGAAAAGAGCCGCUGGCAAGAAGAAUCUUGAAGCCAGGGAGUAUUACAACUCUCAGUACGUAAGAUCUCAGAAGAGCGAGCAGACCGUCAAACCUGAAGCGUGUGACCCUUCUUUCCAGCGGAUCACGGCUCCACCUGCCACUGUGACGCCUAGUCAGACCCCUCCAACCUCCCAGGAACCCCAAGAAAGAUCCACUUCCUCUACCCUGAAACAGAACCCCAAUCCCCAGACUACCGGCUCUUCUGCAAAACGGAAACCUAGGAAACUGGCUGUAAACUUCGAUGCAGCUAAGGUUUCUGACUGAGAAUUUCUGGCACCUGAAUUGAUUUUUCACAAAUCUUCGUUCUACCCAAGAGGAAGAAAAAUGAACUCCACCCAGGCUAUUUUGACAAAAGCUCUAUAUUAUUUGUAUGACUUUCUAUUUACAAGCCAUUCACUUUUCUUUGUAGUACGCUUUAUUUGAUUCAGGGCAGCAAAAAGAACAAUAUUUUAGAAGUGGUCUCUUUUUGCACCAGGUCACCAGCUGUGUGUACUGUUACUGAUUUUUACAAUAUCUGUUUUAUUAUUUACUCUCCCAGUGCAAUAAGAUUUUAAAUGGCACUGUACAAGAUUAACCCUUAAUAAUGUUAAGGCAAUACUGGCAAAAUGACAGUUACCAUCUUCAGUUAAAGAUUUCUCCUCAUGGUCUGACUUUUAAAGUUUUUAUUUUAAGUGGACGUGUGUUCGUUUGGCUCAUCCAAGUGAGGAGUCAUGGCUAGGUCUGUAUAAAAAAAUAAGCUGACAGAAACUUGAUCUCUGUUGAACAGUUGGUCUCAGACGUAACUUAAAUUCAGAAUUUUGUUUAGACAUAUGUAUAGCAGGAACAGGAAGCAUUAGGGUCUCCCCUUCUCUGUCACAAUCUGCAUGUGUAAUUGUAAAGAAACGUUUCCUUAAUGUAUUAAAAGGAAAGGUUCAGACAUGGUUCAUACAAGGUGUGCAUUAAAAAGUGUUUGGUUUAGUUUCCCUGUGCCCUCUAUCUUAACCCAUAACCAAAUUUAAUUAUGCUUACAUAUUGCUUUCAGUAGUUUAUCAUUAUUUUUAUCAUGUAUGUUAAAUGCUGUCAUUUUUAAUAUCACGCUGGAGUAAAACUGGGAGAGUUUUUUGAAUGCCUCCUGUUUUUAAUGAAAUCACAAUUUUGUAAUUGGUCAUUUUAAAAUCCUUUGUGUGUGAUAGAGGCAAUGAAUUAUAUUUGGAAUAUGUUUUUAAAAUAUUCUUAUGAAAUGAUUUCUUUAAACUUCUUUUGUUGUGGAGAAGUUUUUUUGUUUUUGCUUUAGAUUUCUGCACCAGUACUCUUCACCUCCUAAAAUAAAUGCUGCUUUAGGGAAUGCACAGUCCAGAAAAGGCAGGGAUUCCUGUUUUGAGAUGUGCAUUUCUAAAUAAAAUCUAUGUAAAUCGUAUGUUAAUAAAAUAUGGUAACAAAGCACUUUCCAUUGGAAUUGAAUGUACAUCAAAGUAAUCAAUCUUUUGUUACUCAUUUUGUUUGAUUAAAAAAUAAAGAUUUCAUAGAUGAGA